UUUGACAUUCCAAGCUAAAUAAGAUUGCCGAAUCAUAGCGAGUGCAGCAGUGCUAAACAAUAAUUGUGAAAAAUAAGCAAUUAAUUGAAAAUUUAUAAAAAAUGAGUUUUGCACUUCCUUCAGUAAAACCAAAACCCAGCUUACCUGAGAGCUUUGACAUACAUGAAGGGUCUUUAGGUGUGCCGGAUUUAAUGACAAAUGGAUUGGCUUCUGCAAGAUGCAGCGUAGAUGCGUCCCACCCUGUGGCUCUAUCCGAAUUAAAUUAUAGAAAAAAUGUAGAUAAAAUGAAUAUGACAGUCCUCCGUAACACUCAAGGACUACACGCACCGUUAAGAAUUACUAUGGAGUUAAAAUCUGCCCAGAAAAUUGGCCGUUUACCAUUCUUGCAGUCAUCUAAUGUAAUGUAUGAUGUAUUGACUGGUAGAGACUUGGAAAUUGGACCAGAAGACAUAUUUAACACUCCAGAAUUUUUGGAAAUAUCCGGCCAACCUCAUGCUAUGGUGGAACGGUCUUUAGGUUUAUUGUAGAUAUAUUAUUAGAAAAAAUGUAGUAUUAUGGUUUUACAAAUAAAAUUAUAAUUUAGA